UGUAUUAUUUAUAUAUUUUUAUAUCAAUAACGCUUGUAUGUGAGAUAUUUCUUGACGUACAUAUUUGUUUAAUGUUUACGAUGCCUCACAAGCAGAAAGAAAGAGGAAUUGUAAUAAAAUUUGAUUCCGUUUUGUUAGAAAGUAAUUAGGAUUUCUUUUUUAAAGAAUUUCUUACUCCUGCAUUAUAGAAAGCAUUGGUUAGCUUUUUGAGAUUGUAAGACGCCCUCUUGUUGCACGCGUGCUGCAACAUUGUGCGUCUCUUGGUUGCGCGCAUGAGCUACGCGUGCUGGCUGCUGCCUGCUGCCAGCUUGUUGUACGUGCGUUCAUGCGUUUGUCGCCGCGCACGUCACAUAACGCGUAGCGUCUCUCGUCUGUAUACACUGCCAGCUGGAACUCGGCGGCAUUGCUAGUGUACUAUCGUUCGAAUAUCUUUCUUAAAUAAACGUUCAAAAAGACAGAAAAGAUCCUUUUUCACUGAUUUAUGAAAGUUGUUUUCUCGCCUACAGUUCUGAGCAUCGUGAUUAAAGGCACGCGAUAUUAUGAUCUACAAGAUUAAGCAGCAGUUUUCGUGUCACAGGAGGAUGCUAUUUUUGAUAUUUUCGCGCUACGAGACAUUUGACAAAUUUAUGGUGAACAGUUUUGUGUGAUCAGUAAGUAACAUUAAGAUACCGGCAAUAUGUUUAGUUUUCAUAAACCUAAAGUUUAUCGAUCCAGUACUGGAUGUUGUAUUUGCAAAGCUAAAUCAAGCAGUUCAAGAUUUACAGACAGCAAAAAGUAUGAAGAUGAUUUUAUGGAAUGUUUUCAAUUAGAAGAAAGACGUACUGGAGAGAUUUGUAAUGCUUGUGUAUUGUUAGUAAAGAGAUGGAAAAAGUUACCAGCUGGAAGUAAUCGCAAUUGGAGACAUGUUGUAGAUGCUCGUGCAGGGCCUGGUAUUAAAUCAUUAACAAAAUUUAAAUCAAAAAAUAAAAAGAAACUUAAAGAUGCACCUGAAAAAUUCGAAAAGAUAAUGAAGAAAAAGAAUAUAUAUAUAAAAUCAGAGACAGAACGCGAACAAAGUCCCGCAAUGAGUGAUGAUUUGAUUGAUUAUGUGCCAGAAAAUAGUAGCAAGUGUUCUAGUAGAACAGUUAGUCCUACUGGCAGUGAUGACAUUAAUACAGUUGAUAAACCUUUAGAUAUUGCACAAGAGGAUUCUGAUAUAAAAAAUGAUUUAACUGUUAAUGGCUUUAUUGACUUAUCUUAUUUCAAAAGGGAAAUUAUUUGCUGUGGUACAAUAUUCAAAGGCCCAUAUGGAGAAGUUAUAAUAGAUCCAGCAUUGAUAAAACCAUGUACAGGUUGUCUAUCUAAGCAAAGACAGCAACAAUCAAAUGUGUUAAGAAAUAGUCCAGUACAUAGUUCAGCAUCGGCGAGUCCUGUUCAUAGUUCUGCAUCUGCUAGUCCUACCCACAGCGUAGAAUCAGGUGUAGAUUCAGCGGUGACAAAACAAACAAGUAAAACAUUCAGUGAUUCGUCUUCUGAUUCUGGUUAUGACGAAUCUUCUAAUCAAGGGGUUGGUGAGGGUAAAAUUACUAAAGUAAUUAUGAAUGUUAAUCCCAACCUCAAACCGAUUGUUAAAACACAACCGAUAAAGAGUGUGCAGUUAAAAGCUAUCCCUGUUGUGUCGGAAUCUGUCAGGUUAAAGUCAGAUGUGCCAAUAAAAUUGGUGCCUAUAAAACAAAUAGACCAACUUUCUUGUAAGCCAUUAUCUUUAGUAUCGUCAACCAAUGUUACUUUAAGCAGUAGUUCACAUACUAUUGUUACCGUCCCUGCCAACCCACUUGUUGAUUUCACAAUGCAUGCAAGUCCUUCUAGACAAUCUGUUUCUAAUUAAUGUCAAUUCUCUUAUAGAGGUUUAAUUUAUUAUUUUUUCUCUUUUUUCUUAUAUAGGUAGAUAUAUAUGUUAUGACACAAACUUAUUUUUUAAACAUGCUACCAUCAUUGCCCAGACAACAAAGGCUAUGGAAGGAUGUGUUUAAAACUUUAUAUUAAAUACAAUUGAAGAGUUUAUAAUGUUAUGAAUGGGGAUAACUGAUUUCUUAACUAGGGUAAUUGUUAUGACAUGCAUUAGAUAAGUAGUGCUCUUUGAAAAAAAAAAGAAAAAAAAAAAGAAAUAUAAAGAAUUUUUAUUCCUACUCGUUGAUAAAGUUGAUAAAAGUAUUUGUAACUAUGUAUGAUACUGACUUUAUAUGAGUAAUGUUAAAAUUCACUUUACACUUUUCAAGUAGUUG